GAAGAGAAAAGCAUUGAGAAGUCUCUUUUUACAUCUCAGUGAGGAGCUCGUGACAGGAAUCAAUGURAAGGUGAGAAAACUGGAAGAUCAGGAGAAUGAAGCUAAUUUCUGUUAACUCCUUUGAGGAAAGAUAAGUAGGAGGAGACAAGGGGGGUUUUUUUUAGAGAAGGAAAGAGAUGUGCAAUGAGCUCACGGUGUGUGGAGUGGAGAAAUGACUGAGGCUCCCAUGAUGGGAGGGGACUCAGAGAUGGCAGGAACUAUGCUUUGUGGAGUCGAGACUGACAGAACAGUUGAGGAUAUGGCAACACUGAGCAAUGUGCAGCUGAACCUGAAAAAUCUUGAUUCAGUUCUGGGAGAAAACCUUUGGGAGAACAGCAACUAUCCUCAUCUUCUCAAAACAGAUCAGGCUUAUCUGAAAAUCUCUGCUUUUGAUUUCUGCAUCCAACAAAAGAACUUUAUACCAAGGCGCAGCACUUCAGCUCUUAUGGAUUAGUGACAAACUACUAGAAGCUGAAAGUCUCCUUUUAAAAGCUAAAGAUGCCUGUGAUGAAGGGCCUCCUUGCUCCACAGAAUACCUUUUUGGACAGCAUUGCAAACCACUUCGAUGGAACCCACAGCAACUUUCUUCUGGGAAACGCCAGGGGUCGAUAUGAUUACCGGAUCGUCUAUUGUUCGGAUGGUUUUUGUGAGCUGACUGGUUUUGUUCGGACGGAGGUCAUGCAAAAAACCUGCACCUGCACCUUCCUUCAUGGGGCAGAGACCAGUGACGGUGUAAUGGAGCAGGUGCACAAAGCUCUGGAGAGUCAGCAGGAGUAUCAGGGAGAGAUCUGCUUUUACAGGAAAAAUGGAAAUCAGUUCUGGUGUCUCCUGGAUAUUGUUCCAAUUAAAAACGAGAAGGGCGAGGUGGUUCUGUUUCUGCUAUCCUUUAAGGAUGUCAGCGAAUCUUACGGGAAAAGCCAUCACUACAUUCAUGAAGACGAGGCCCCUCGAGAAAAACGAAAAAGCAGUCGAUCAUAUUUUAUUCGGACUCAAGACAGGGGGAGAAGUGUUCUGCACUGCCUGAGUAGCCUGUUCACAAAGAGAGGCAAGAGGAAACUGACCGAUAGCAUGUUCCAGAAACCCUGCGUACCUGAGUACAAGGUGGCCUCUGUGAAGAAGUCCCGUUUCAUUCUGCUGCAUUACAGCAUUUUCAAGGCCAUGUGGGACUGGCUGAUUCUGCUGGCAACUUUCUACGUCGCUGUCACUGUUCCUUUCAACGUCUGCUUUGUCAGUCACAGCGAAGGUGGCGAUCGUCUCUCACUUGUCACUCGCAGCACCACAUGGAGUGACAUAGCUGUGGAGAUGCUCUUCAUAGCUGAUAUUAUUCUGAAUUUUCGCACCACAUACGUCAGCCAGUCAGGUCAGGUAGUGUAUGACACCCGAUCCAUCUGCCUACAUUACUUCACUACCUGGUUCUUUGUGGAUCUGAUUGCGGCCCUGCCAUUUGACCUUCUCUAUGCUUUCAACAUCUCAGUGACCUCACUGGUGCACCUUCUAAAGACGGUUCGUCUGCUGCGCUUGCUUCGGCUCUUGCAAAAACUGGAUCGCUACUCCCAGUACAGCGCAGUGGUCCUUACACUGCUCAUGUCUGUGUUUGCCCUGCUGGCUCACUGGAUGGCUUGCAUCUGGUACAUCAUUGGACGCAAGGAGAUUGAAAGUAGUGAUCYUGUUACCUGGGAUAUAGGGUGGCUUCAGGAUUUGGGUAAGCGUCUGGAGACACCRUAYAUCAACAGAACCACAGGCGGACCCUCCAUCCCCAGCGCCUACAUUGCCGCCCUCUACUUCACUCUCAGUAGCCUCACCAGCGUUGGUUUUGGCAAUGUGUGUGCCAACACGGAUGCAGAGAAAAUCUUCUCCAUUUGCAUUAUGCUGAUUGGUGCUCUGAUGCACGCCGUGGUCUUUGGUAACGUAACGGCCAUYAUCCAGCGCAUGUACUCACGGCGCUCGCUCUACCACACCCGCAUGAAGGACCUCAAAGACUUCAUCCGUGUGCAUCGACUCCCUCAGCAGCUGAAGCAGAGAAUGCUGGAGUAUUUUCAAGCCACAUGGUCAGUCAACAAUGGCAUAAACACAAAUGAGCUGCUUCAUGACUUCCCAGAUGAACUGCGAGCAGAUAUCGCCAUGCAUCUGAACAAAGACAUCCUGCAGCUGCCUGUGUUUGAGAGAGCCAGCAGAGGGUGUCUACGCUCUCUCUCCCUGCACAUCAAGACUUCCUUCUGUGCACCGGGGGAGUACCUCAUCCGCCAUGGAGAUGCCCUGCAUGCCGAUUAUUUUGUCUGUUCCGGUUCCCUUGAAGUCUUGAAAGAUGGUAUGGUCCAAGCUAUUCUGGGCAAAGGUGACCUGAUAGGGGCUGACCUGCCAGAGCACGAUCAGGUGAUCAAGACAAAUGCAGACGUGAAGGCGCUCACCUACUGUGACUUGCAGUACAUCAGUGUCAAGGCUUUAAGAGAGGUCCUCAGGCUGUAUCCGGAGUACGGCAGUCGCUUCAGCUCUGACAUCCACCACAACCUUACCUACAACCUGAGAGAGGGCAGUGAGCCUCAUGCAGUAAAGAGAUGUACAUGGACUCCCAGGCAGUCUUUGCAUCACGUCUCUUUGGAUCACAAACUACCCGACGUCACUGAAGCAAAUGAUGAACAUGCAGAUGACAUGAACCAUUUGUGUCCGAGCAGAGUACAAGGUUCUGGAGGCACUCUUCAGUUUUCUCGUCUCAGCACUUUAGGACAGGAGCUCCACCACAUCCAAACGCUCCACCCAUGUCGGUCACCUGUUUCUCAACACCAAGGCUGUAGCAUCUCUCCUCAGUCCUUUGCCAAGGAGGAUCUCACUCUGUCACCUUCUGUCAGUCUGAAAAACGAAUCCGGUUUAAGUCAUCGGCCAUCCAAGCUACUGCUUCCAUCCUUCCCUUGUGUUAGUCCUCUUAACCUGAGCCCCAGGGUCGUGGAUGGGAUUGAGGACAACAGUCACACAUUUCAGUUCAACAUAGAGCAGGAUAAGACAAGGAUUAAUAUGUCAGAAGAGUUACAAAUGAAUGCUAACCUUCUAAUUGAGACAGAAGAAGUGAAACAGAACAUGACCAAAUUAAAUAAAGAGGUGAACAACUUAAAUGAAGAAGUAUCCAACCUGACUAAGGAGCUCCAUGACAUGAUGCAUUUUCUGCAGUCAAAUAUGCCUAUGCCUCAUCAUGUCUCUCCUCCUGGUGUAACAAGAUGUAAAAACUGGCAGCCUCAUAUCCCUUUAGAUUCAUAUGGAAAUGCACAGGACUGCAGUGGGAUACCGUCCCACAACAGGACUCCCACGUUGCUGCUUUCAUCAAGCUCUGUGUCUGCCUCUUUGCACCUAUGCUGCUCUGACAGAGAUGGAAAAACAGCUGAUGGGCUGCAGAGUCAAUACAGUCCAUUUCAAACACCCAGAGCCACCCCAAACUCCCCUUACAAUCACAGAGUUGUAUCCCUCCUCGGCAUUGAUUCAGGCCCCAGCACCUUUCCAGUGAUUUGUCAAAGCCAACGAGGAGUCUACAAUACAUCUAGUCCUAUUAAAAAUAACACUAAUCCAGUAAAUUGUGGACACUCUCAUCCUACAUUGAAUUUUCUAACCAACUCACAAAGCCUCACCAAUCCCCAGACGCCAGUUCAUUCUCCGAGCAAUCCCACUGGACAGGCACGGUAUCGCACAGCCUUCAGCUCUCUGGCACCCUCAGGACCUUGCGCUUCACUGUCCACAGAUCACAACAAGAGCCAGCAGAGCUCCACGAGACAAAACGACCCAGCGGGACCAUGAGUGUUCUUUGCUGGGGCAGAUUUCAAACAGAGAGUGUGGAGGAUCACUCUACCACAACAGGACAGACAAUUAYGGAGCGAGUCAAAAUGUAUCAGAAGACUCACAAYGAUAAUGACUUCUGUCUGUGUUACUUUGUCGAAAUGACAAGUUURUUUAAAUGGUAAAGGAUUGUUCUUUCCGAAAUAAUAAAUUGCU